AUGGCCAUCAUGAUAGAAAAGGGGGCUCCGAGCCAAUCGCUCGGUGCUCGACAGAAUGCAGCAAGAGCUCAUGGUCUCAUGGGCAUGUUGAAGAACCCUUAUGUCUUCUUGACAUUCCCUGUCGAGAAUGAUGAACGCUUACUAACGCAUGGUCGACCACAGGUUACGAUCAAGGAGUCAUGUCCCCAAUCCUGGUUAUGGAGAACUUUCAGAACGAAUUCCCAACUCUCACCAUCAUCGACACUUCAAGGAUGGCUUGUAGCUUCCCUUGAACUUGGUGCAUGGUUCGGUGCUCUUUUCAACGAAUACCUCGCGGAGAAGAUAUCAAGAAAAUAUAAAAUCGCACCCCCGGAGCUCGGAGGAUCCUUGGUCUCACUUCAACAACUCUCCAUUACCAUUGGAACUACCAUUGCUUUCUGGCUUGACUUCGGCUUCUCCUUCUCCUUCUCCUUCUCUGGAGGUAACAAGUGCAAGCCAGAGGGCAUCACAAACCCAUAUCUCGCUAAUGGUACCUAUAAUGCCGCUGCAAAUUAUGGACACUCUUGCACUGGUCAAAAUCAAAUCUCCUGGAGAGUCCCAUUAGCAUUGCAAUUGAUUUCUGCUUGGACUCUUUUAAUCGGCAUGUUUUUCUUCCCAUUCUCUCCUAGAUGGUUGAUGCUGAAGCAUCGUGAAGAAGAAGCUAUUGCAUCUCUCUGCAAACUUAGACGCCUCGACGCCAACGAUCCAUCAUUGCGGGCUGAAUUCCUUGAAAUUAAGGCUGCUGUCAUGUUCGACGAGGAGACCCAAGCUGAGCAAGUCGGACAGGGUGGAAUGUUGACCCCUUGGAAAGCAUUGUUCGUCCCUUAUGUAUUCAAGAGAAUCUUCCUUGGAUGUGGUAUGAUGAUUUUCGCCAGUUUCGGAUUCUCCAGUACUACUACCACACUUCUCGCUACUGGUGUCACUGAUAUCUUGCAAGUCCUCUUCACUUUGCCAGCAGUCUUAUAUCUCGAUAAGUUCGGCCGUAAGACUUUCUUCAUCGCUGGUGCUAUCGGUAUGUAUAUCUGCCAUAUCGUUGUAGCUUCUAUUGAGGGUGUUCAUGAAGACCAAUGGAACCUCAAUGAAGGUCUUGUUGUCACACAAGGAUGGGUCGCUAUCGUAUUCAUUUCGCUAUUUGCCGUUAACUUUGCCUACUCCUGGGGACCAGUCACCUGGGUUCUCGCUCAGGAGAUCUUCCCGGCCAGUGUUAGAUCUCGUGGUGUCGCCCUUGUCGCAUCUACCAAUUGGAUGUUCAACUUCAUCAUCGGCUUGACCACUAAAGAUAUUCUCGGCUCCAUGAAGUAUGGCACAUACAUCUUCUUUGCUGUUUUCAGUGCUGGAGGUGGUUUUUUCAUCUGGAAGUUCUUCCCCGUAACCAAGGACAAGACAUUGGAGGAACUCGAUGUGUACUUCGGGGGGAGCAUCGACAGCAUUGCGGCAUCAGACAAAGCAAGAAUGCAAAUUAUCAACGAGAGAUUUGGCCUUACUAUUUCCGAAAGCCUCGAAGAUAUCAAGAUAAGCAAUGAGGAGAAGGUUGCUACAAUCACUCACCAAGAAUUGUAG